GUUGAAAUUAGAACUCCUACUCGCUUUCCGUAGUUGAAGUAAACAAGCUGAUAUCAUUGUUGACCCCAUCUAGCUUCUGUCAAAGCCUCUUCUAUCUUCUCGUUACCGUGGAAAUCUUCAACUCUCUCUACUCUUUAGUCAACAUGAAAUGUUUGGUGUGAAAUGAUUAAGGCUUGCAAUAAGUUAACAAGAGAAAACAACUAAACUAAACAUGAAACUGCGUGUGAGGAUAAACAAGCAGACCAGCCGGGUGAAGCUGGAGGGAGAGGAGCCAACUCUGACAGAGCUCAACGUUCAAAUCAGAGAGAUUCUUCUGCCUUCACAUGGACUCAGCCCAGACUCAGAGUUCACCUUGUCCCUGAACGGCUCAGAUCUUCUCUCUGACUCUGGUCAGACUUUGUCUUCCUGUGGCAUCGUCACUGGGGACCUGGUCUGUGUCAUCCUGCGUCCAACUGUCGCUGUGCCCUCCGCCGCCUCUACUCCCUCAGCCCGCCAGGCUGUGCCCUCAGGCUACCCUGCUUCCUCCGCUGCCUUUGCCUCCUCAGCCCGCCAGGCACCCAGCAACAGCAGCAGUAGUAGUAGUAGUACUGGGCUGUACCAAGCUGUACACCCACCAGCCCAACGCUCCAGUGAGGCCAGCAUGGGGGUGGAGCCUCAACAGGAAGUGGUCAGAGAGGAAGAAGAGGCAGGCCAGUGGGUUUGGGAACCCAUGCUGUGUGGGGAAGCAGAAGGAGGGAAGGUACCCCAUUCCCUGGAGGUUCUGUACCACCAGGCUCAGAGCAGCAGUACCUGCGAUGCCCUGAUGGUGGCAGUACACCUCCUGAUGGUUGAGACGGGCUUCCUGUGUCAGGGCUCUGAGGGGCGUCCUGGUGAGAUGCCAGCUGGGUGGAGGGCACCAGGAGGGCUGUACAGACUGCAGUAUGCCCAUCCUCUCUGUGACGACAGCCUGGCCAUGGUCCUAGCUGUACCCAUGGGACCCAUUCUGGUUAUCAACGCCACCCUGAAGGUGAAGCAGCAGGUGGAAACAGUGAGGAAACUGUCGCUGAAACCCUCCACCUAUGUGACUGACCAGUGGACAGGUGACAGCGCAGCGGCCGUCUACACAGAGCUGAGGAAGUUGUCCCGGGUCUUCAAAGACCAGCUGGUGUAUCCUCUGAUAGCUUCAGCCAGAGAAGCCAUGGCCCUGCCAGCAGUGUUUGGCCUGCCAGUCCUUCCUCCAGAGCUGUUACUGAGGGUGCUGAGACUGCUGGAUGUCUCCUCUCUCCUGGCCCUCUCCUCGGUCAACAGGCACCUCCACCAGACCACCACAGACCCGGCUCUCUGGAGACAUCUCUACCGCCGAGACUUCAGGGACUGCCAAGACCUCAGCCGAGACGGAGGCACUCAGUGGAAAGAGCUCUACAAGAAGAAGUACAAGUGGAGGAGAGAGGCAGCCAGUUACCCCCGCCACAUGCCCCGUUACCACCCUGUCCCCCCACCCCUCUACCCCCUCCACCCCUUCCCAACAACCCCUUCCCCUUCUACCCGCCUGGCAUCAUCGGUGGAGAGUACGACCAGAGACCCGGCAUCCCCGGUGGUAUUCUGCCCCGCCCCCGCUAUGACCCUAUUGGUCCGCUCCCAGGUCACGAUCCCACAGCAGGAGGGCUGAUUGGACGAAGGGGGCUGAGACCUGCUGGGAACCGGCCGGCUGACAUCAGAAGAGGGUUCAUAUGACCCCCCCCCCACCCUGACCAGUGACCUCUAGUGGUGGUGUAGCAGUAUGACCACCUCACAGAGAAGCUUAAAUAAAACAGAGAUGAACGCUAACCCCCAUCCAGCCUGCUUAUUAUCACCCAAACCUCAUCCAGGUGUUUUUUUUGUAAACCUUAUCCCUGACCCCAAAUCAGCUUUAAUAGCUCAUGUUCUUCUUUGUGUGUGUGUGUGUGUGUGUGUGUGUGUGUGUGUGUGUGUUUAGUAAGUGAUGAGGUAACCUCAUACUGAUCUGCUAUCUUCAUUAGAUCACUCUGUUGUUGCAGAGAAUGUUGCUGCACAGCAGGAAAUGCAAACUUCUAAAAAGUUUUCCUGUUGAGAAACCGGUCAAAUUUAAAGAUGGCGGAUCUGUAGGGGUGCCUGGGGGGAUUGAGGUAGCAGAUCUGUAGGGGUGCCUGGGGGGAUUGAGGUAGCAGAUCUGUAGGGGUGCCUGGGGGGAUUGAGGUAGCAGAUCUGUAGGGGUGCCUGGGGGAUUGAGGUAGCAGAUCUGUAGGGGUGCCUGGGGGAUUGAGGUAGCAGAUCUGUAGGGGUGCCUGGGGGAUUGAGGUAGAAAAUCUGUAGGGGUGCCUGGGGGGAUUGAGGUAGCAGAUCUGUAGGGGUGCCUGGGGGGAUUGAGGUAGCAGAUCUGUAGGGGUACCUGGGGGAUUGAGGUAGAAGAUCUGUAGAGGUGCCUGGGGGGAUUGAGGUAGCAGACCUGUAGGGGUGCCUGGGGGAUUGAGGUAGCAGAUCUGUAGGGGUGCCUGGGGGGAUUGAGGUAGCAGAUCUGUAGGGGUGCCUGGGGGAUUGAGGUAGAAGAUCUGUAGGGGUGCCUGGGGGAUUGAGGUAGGAGAUCUGUAGGGGUGCCUGGGGGGAUUGAGGUAGCAGAUCUGUAGGGGUGCCUGGGGGGAUUGAGGUAGAAGAUCUGUAGGGGUGCCUGGGGGGAUUGAGGUAGCAGAUCUGUAGGGGUGCCUGGGGGAUUGAGGUAGAAGAUCUGUAGGGGUGCCUGGGGGGAUUGAGGUAGCAGAUCUGUAGGGGUGCCUGGGGGGAUUGAGGUAGCAGAUCUGUAGGGGUGCCUGGGGGGAUUGAGGUAGCAGAUCUGUAGGGGUGCCUGGGGGAUUGAGGUAGCAGAUCUGUAGGGGUGCCUGGGGGAUUGAGGUAGCAGAUCUGUAGGGGUGCCUGGGGGGAUUGAGGUAGCAGAUCUGUAGGGGUGCCUGGGGGGGAUUGAGGUAGCAGAUCUGUAGGGGUGCCUGGGGGGAUUGAGGUAGCAGAUCUGUAGGGGUGCCUGGGGUAUUGAGGUAGCAGAUCUGUAGGGGUGCCUGGGGGGAUUGAGGUAGCAGAUCUGUAGGGGUACCUGGGGGGAUUGAGGUAGCAGAUCUGUAGGGGUGCCUGGGGGAUUGAGGUAGCAGAUCUGUAGGGGGUGCCUGGGGGGAUUGAGGUAGCAGAUCUGUAGGGGUGCCUGUGAUAUUGAGGUAGCAGAUCUGUAGGGGUACCUGGGGGAUUGAGGUAGCAGAUCUGUAGGGGUGCCUGGGGGGAUUGAGGUGGCAGAUCUGUAGGGGUGCCUGGGGGGAUUGAGGUAGCAGAUCUGUAGGGGUGCCUGUGGUAUUGAGGUAGCAGAUCUGUAGGGGUACCUGGGGGAUUGAGGUAGCAGAUCUGUAGGGGUGCCUGGGGGGAUUGAGGUAGCAGAUCUGUAGGGGUGCCUGGGGGGAUUGAGGUAGCAGAUCUGUAGGGGUGCCUGGGGGAUUGAGGUAGCAGAUCUGUAGGGGUGCCUGGGGGAUUGAGGUAGAAGAUCUGUAGGGGUGCCUGGGGGGAUUGAGGUAGCAACUCUGUAGGGGUGCCUGGGGGAUUGAGGUAGAAGAUCUGUAGGGGUGGUGCCUGGGGGGAUUGAGGUAGCAGAACUGUAGGGGUGCCUGGGGGAUUGAGGUAGCAGAUCUGUAGGGGUGCCUGGGGGGAUUGAGGUAGCAGAUCUGUAGGGGUGCCUGGGGGGAUUGAGGUGGCCGUUUCUAUCUCCCACCAUUCACUAUGAAGACAUUUUGUAGAGCACUUGUUUCCCCGCAGACUAAAAGCUUUAAAUAAAAUGAUAAAUGGGAAUCGACUGGUUUUUAGCUGUGGUCAUAUUUGAGCCCUCAGUGUCUUUCUGAAAAACAGACUGUUCAGGGACGAUUCAAUAGUCAUGUACACUGAACUAAAAUAUAAAUCUCAACAUGUA